AUGUAUCCUGACACAUUCGAAGGAUUUGCCAUUCCGGCUGCCGACCAAUGGACUCAGCCGCGAAGAAUCGAGUUCAAGCCGAAGCCCUUUGGUGACUACGACAUCGAUGUCAAGAUUACCUGCUGUGGCGUGUGCGGCUCAGACCUGCACACGGCGACGGGCGGCUGGGGCAACAAGAACUGGCCCAUCAUCCCCGGGCAUGAGAUUGUUGGCACUGCAGUCAAAGUCGGCCCCAAGGUGACGACUGUCAAAGUCGGCGACCGCGUCGGCGUAGGCGCCCAGAUCUCGGCCUGCCUGGACUGCGCGCAAUGCAAGGAGGGCAACGAGACGUACUGCAAGAAGCAGCAAGACACGUACAACUCCUUCUACCCCGACGGGACGCUCGCCCACGGCGGCUACUCCUCCCACAUCCGCGCGCACGAGCACUUCACCUUCCCGAUCCCGGACGCCCUCCCCUCGGAGCUGGCCGCUCCGAUGCUCUGCGCCGGUCUGACCGCCUACUCGCCGCUCGUUCGCAACGGCGUCGGCCCGGGCAAGAAGGUGGGCAUCAUCGGCAUCGGCGGCAUCGGCCACUUCGGGAUCCUCUUCGCCAAAGCGCUCGGCGCCUCCGUCUGGGCCAUCUCGCGCGGGACGAGCAAGAAGGCCGACGCGCUGGCCAUGGGCGCCGACGGGUUCCUCGCGACGCAGGAAAAGGGGUGGAACACCGGGCCGGAGCUUGAAAUGACCUUCGACAUGCUCCUGUGCACGGCCAGCGCCGACGACGACGGGUUCGACCUGGCCGCCUACCUGUCGCUGCUGAAGGUGCACGGCCGCUUCAUCAGUGUCGGCCUGCCCGAGGGCGACGGGUGGCGCGUGCGGCCCAUGUCGUUGCUCGCCAACGGUUGCUUGAUCGGGGCCGCGCAUCUGGGCAGUAGGCGGGAGACGCUGGACAUGUUGCGGCUCGCGGCCGAGAGGGGGAUCAAGAGCUGGGUGGAGACGAUUCCGGUUGGGGAGAAGGGGGUUGGGGAGGCGCUGGAGCGCCUGCAUAACAACGACGUCCGGUACAGGUUUACCCUAGUUGAUUAUGACAAGCAGUUCCGGUAA